AAGUACCAAAUCGAAAUGUUGUGAAAAAUACAAAAUAAAUACAUUCAUACAUAAAAUAUGCACAUAUGGUAUAUAAAACAAAUUAUAUUCAAUGUGCAAAGAUACAAAUAAGAAAGAAUUUUAAAAAUCUAGUUAACAACUAUAAAAAAAAGUGAGUGAAAGUAAUACAUAAUGGAUAGUGAAAAAGACAACAAUGACGCCCCAGAGAAGGGAGAACUAUUUGAAUACUUUCCUUUCAAUAAAACUUGGAAGAAAAUUGGAACUAUCAACGAUGAGGAUAAUGAAGCUAAUAGACUGCUGCUGGAGCAGGAAGAUUCAAUUCCAAAUGUCAAAUUCAUCAAAAUGCCAACAAAUAAACCGUCCCCAGAAAAUGACAGUAACCGCUUGCCCACCACAGUUCAAAUGACAGCGAAAAUAAAAUCUACAUCACCAUCAUUGACAAUUAAUUCGACAAGUGGCGGUGGCGGUGGUGAUAACACCGAUGAAACAUCAUCACCUACACCACACAAUAUCGCCGUAACAAAUAAUAUCAAUUUGACAUCUUCCAAUAUUGGUCUAAAUAAAGCUGGUGUAGCUGCGGGAGGAGGUGAAAAUAAUCAUAAAGGUGGUGCUGGAGCAGCAUAUGACGAAUUAGACGAUGAAGCUGGCGAAGAGACUGAUGUCAUCGGGGAUUUAGUUGGUCAUUUUGGCAAAUGGCAGUUCCUAAUGACAAUAUUAUUGUCACUAUUUCAAGUACCGAAUACGUUUCAUAUAUCGUCGCCAGUUUAUCAGGCCGCCAAUAAAAAUUUUUGGUGCAAUCGACCAGAAAACCUUCGUUCCAUUCCCGUUGAUGUGUGGCGAAAUUUUAGUGAUUCAAAAGACAAUUGCUAUCAAGUUGGCUAUGAUUAUUAUAGCAUAUCACUUUCCUCAAAUUCAAACAUGGAGGACAAUCUACCAGACAUUCCACACAAUAACACAAGAAUAGCAUGUACAUCCUGGGAAUAUGAUAUGAAUGAUGAUCUCGGCAAUACAUGGACAUCAGAAUGGAAUUUAGUCUGUGACAAAGAAUAUCUUAAAAAUGUUGCAGAGAUGUUCUUUUUGUUGGGAGUCGCUUCAGGUGGCAUCUUAUCUGGUUAUUUGUCAGAUAAAUUUGGUAGGAAAACCAUGUUAUUCAUAUCAGCAGUGCUGCAGACAAUUUUUGGUCUAGCAUUGUAUUUUGCCAAUUCAUUUGAAUUGUACUUAAUAUUGAGAACCCUCCUCGGACUGGUAUCUGUUUCGGUAACCUAUGCCGGAUUAAUUUUAGCCAUUGAAUAUGUCGAUGGCAAAUGGCGAACUAUUGCCGGAAUGUACAAUUUAUUUCCACUGCCAAUAUCCUAUAUGUUAAUAUCAGGAAUUGCCUAUUUGACACAGGAUUAUCAAAAAUUACAACUUUGUAUUGGUUUUCCUGGUAUAUUUUUGUGCUUUUUAUGGUUUGUUGUUCCAGAAUCACCACGUUGGCUUUUAUGCAAAGGACGUGUGCAAGAAGUUAAAAAAAUUGUCGAAAGUGCGGCUGCAUUUAAUGGACGUCAACUGCCAGAGAAUUAUGAAAAGAUAUUAACGCCUCCGGUGCAAGAGGAGAGUACACGUCAUGAUUUUUGGUGUUUGUUCCGAUCGAGAUAUCUGCGAAGGAUAACGAUAUGUUUUUGGCUAAUCUGGUUCACAAUGAAUUUGGUCUAUUAUGGAUUGAUUCUAAAUAUGAACACGUUUGGUGGAAAUGUUUACUUGAAUUCGGCUUUAGCUGGUCUAGUCGAAAUUCCUGCGAUUGCCAUUGCUAUGUAUAUCAUUAUGAAAGUUGGCAAGAAAUGGCUUUUCUGUGGGACAUUGGUUGGUGCUGGUAUUGCAUGUUUGUGUGCGGCAAUAACUGAAGGUCAGGAUGAUAUACUUUGGUUGAAAAUUACAUUCCUGAUGAUUGGAAAAUUCACAAUUAGUGCUGGAAACACUAUUAUGCCAGUUUAUACUGCUGAAUUGUAUCCAACGGCGAUACGUAAUGUUGGUGUUGGAGCUUGUAAUGUUGCUGCUGGAUUGGCGUUAAUAUUGACACCAUAUUUGUCAUUGCUGACAAAAAUCGAAAGCCAUCUGCUAAUGACAUUACUAACCGCCUGGAGUAUAUUCGGCGGUGUGGUUGUAUUGUUCCUGCCUGAAACUAUGAAACAACAUACUAAGCAGCAUCCGCCUGAAGAAAAGUAAGUUUGAUUUGGAGGGAAUCAUAUUUCAACUGUUCGUGUUAUUCAUUUACAACCGCUGCCAUCGAAUGCAAGUUGGGGAAACAAUUGUUGAUAUGUGUCAAUAUACAGUUUCGAACAAAAUUACUUAAGGGUAAUAAAGUACAUUUUUGAAUUGAUCGCUGAA